AUGGAAGAGACAGGGGUUCUGGUAGAGGAUGGAACCAUAAUGAAGGCAGCUUUGAUAGCCAUCUUAGGAGACAAUCUGGGCUCCCACUGCGGGCAGCUUAUCAACAGUUGUCCCUCACUUUCAGUAGCUGAUAUUCAGGAGCAGUGGCCAUUCUUGUUUACUCGGAAAGGUCUUUCGAACCACUUUUACAAACUCACACGCAUCGAUAUCAGUGAGCGCUUAGGUCAGGCCCUCAUAACCAAAGGCAGAAGGAUUAUUAACUAUUUCUCCAGCCAGAAGCUCAAAUGGAACCUUGGUAUAAGGACACUCAUCCAGCAGAUAGAAAGUGAGGGAGUUUUGACCAACAACAAGGUUGGCACAGCAGCCAUACUUCUGAUGAUGAAGUAUUACAAGGAAGACGAAGACUCCCUCUUUGUCUUAGCAGAUGAAACAUCUACCAGGAUGUCCCUUGAAGCAGAGAGCAACCUGCCGAUCACCCCGAGGCUGAUUAUGCUUGGACAAAGUUCAAUGACCGCCACCAGCUGGAUGAUGAGUGCAGAGGGCCGUGUAAUUGUUGAGCUGGACAAAGAGAACACCUUUGCUGAUGCGAUGUCAGUCUUCUUUGGUUCAUUCUAUGUAUUGAACCUGGAAUACCAGGAGUCAGCGUGUGCAACAUUGGAACUGAUUCAGAGAUGAUCCAUGGCCCAUGCUUUCUGGACAUUUACACAAGACGAACAACAAUGAAGACGAGCUCUCUCACCAUCUUGCAAGAAGCUUUCUCUGUCCAAUAGGUUUUUUGAGUGCAACAGUUUUGAUUUUUUU